CUUGUCCCAGAAAAUUAAGCCCUCGAUCUCGAUCAGCCCCUCAUUGGCUCGGGACAUGGCGGGGCACGACGGCGACGUGGCCGUGAUGGCGGUGGCGGAGGAUGAGGCAAGGAGGAGGAGGAGGAGGCAGGCGGAGCGGGUGGCGCUGCCGGCCGGCAUGGUGCUGGUGCAGGUGCUCACGGUGGUGACCAUGCUGCUCUCCAAGGUGGCUCUCAACAGCGGCAUGCACCCGCUCGUCCUGCUCGUCUACCGGAACCUCUUCGCCGCCGCCUUUGUCGCCCCCCUCGCCGUCGUCUUCGAGAGGGAGAUGUGGAAGAAGGUGAACCUGCGAGUGCUGGGCUGGAUUUCCCUCAACGCAACGCUCGGAGUGCUGCUGGCGAUGGGGCUGUACUACUGCGGCCUGCGGGCCACCAGCGCCGCCUACGCCGUCAACUUCCUCAACCUCAUCCCCAUCGCUACCUUCAUCAUCGCCGUUGCGCUCCGAGCCGAGCGCCUCUCCCUCGUCGCUUGGGCCAGUAGGAUGAAGCUCCUCGGAGCUGUCGUGGGCGUGGCCGGCACCAUGGUCGUCACCCUCUGCAAGGGCACCCAUCUCCUGCUGCCGCACCUCCGGCAGUCCUCCCACGCCAACCCCGACGUCGCCUCGCCCCACGGCGGCCGCGACAUGGCCGUCGGCACGCUGUUCCUAUGCGGGAGCUGCGUCAGCUACGCGCUCUGGUUCGUCGUGCAGGCCAAGGUCGCCAAGGUGUUCCCGUCCCGGUACUGGGCCACGGCGCUCACGUGCGCCGCGGGCAGCCUGCAGUCUGCCGUGGCCGCGGCCGUGGCGGUCGUCCUCGCCCCCGCCGGCGACGGACAUGGAUGGGCGCGCACGUGGACGCUGCGCUGGGACCUGCAGCUGGCCACGGUGGUCUACUCCGGGGUGUUCAACACGGGCGUCACGUUCGUGCUCGUGUCGUGGGCGGUGGAGCGCCGCGGCCCGGUGUACCCUCCCAUGUUCAACUCCCUGUCGCUCGUCGCCACCACCGCCGUCGACGCCGUCGUGCUCGGAACCGACGUCUACCUCGGCGGCGUGAUGGGAGCGGCGCUCGUCGUCGUCGGCCUCUAUGAGUUUCUGUGGGGCAAAAGCAAGGAGCUCGCGGCCGCCAAAGCGGUCAACGCCGAGCAGGAGCUGCGGUGUGCAGGAGACACCGACGAUGGCAUUGCCUAGCGAUUUUAUCCAGCCUGGGUACAGAUAUCGAUGGAAUUAAUUGAACUAUUGACCCGUAGGAACCCGUAGCGAUUCCAAUGCAUCGGGACAUAAGACAAGGCAGAGUUAAACUGUUACUACCUCCGUCCAGAUUUAUUAAGGCUCCUAAUAUUUUAAGCCAAACUUUGAUCAUUCAUAAGAUUAAUGAAAUAUAGAAUAUUGAGAUGGACAUUCAAAAAA